AUGGAAGCUUUAAAUGAUCUUGUUAGAUCCGGCAAAGUUCGUUAUAUUGGUGCUUCUUCGAUGUAUGCUUGGCAAUUUGCUAAAGCUCAAUAUAUAGCAGAAAAAAAUGGAUGGACAAAAUUUAUUUCCAUGCAAAAUCAUUAUAAUCUUGUUUAUCGUGAAGAAGAACGUGAAAUGAAUCCACUAUGUAUUGAUCGAGGUGUUGGUCUUAUUCCAUGCUCACCACUUGCUCGUGGCUUUUUAACAGGAAAUCGAAGUAAAGCUGAUUUAUAUAAAGAAAAUAAUGAAACAACUUCAGCUACAAAACGAGCACAAACAGAUGCAUUUGGUCAUCAAUUGUAUUAUGCCGAUAGUGAUUUUGAAAUUGUUGAACGUUUAAAAACAAUAGCAGAGAAAAAACAAGUUAAACCAGCUCAACUUGCACUUGCAUGGAUUUUAUCAAAACCUGGUGUAUGUGCACCGAUUAUUGGUGCUUCAAAAAUGUAUCAACUUGAAGAAGCUGUUGCAGCAACUAGUGUUAAACUUUCCGAUGACGAAAUAAAAAGUUUAGAAGAAUUAUAUCAACCUCAUCGUGUUCUUGGUCAUCAGUAG